AUGUACUCACUCACCCUCGCACUCUUCUCCAUCUCCGCUUCGUUCUUUCUCACCGCCACCCUCGCACUCCCACAGGCUUCCUGUUUUGCAGGCGUGUGCUACCCCUACGUCCGCUACGGGCAUCCCAACUACGAUGAGUGGGCCCAGCACGAAGUCGACAAGUGGAGGGAGGCCGAGAGGACCAGGAACAAUCGGAACAAGAACAAGGACAAGCAUCUGCAUGAUCGCGCCGAACCAGCGCCACCCGUUGACGUCUCAGGGGUGGUGACGUCCGACGACAAAACUGACGACGAGCUCGCUGGUGUCUAUAUCUGCGAAGACAACGCGUGGGGCGGGGCCUGCACACACACGUACUCGCGACUCGGCAGCGACCCGCUAGAUUGCACCAUCAUCGACGGGCGCGCCUCGUCCAUCGGUCCAGACCCAGGGUACCACUGCAUCUUCUACACAAACUCAUUCUGCGCCACCCUCACAACAGACAGAUCCGAAACCCUCACCCUCUCCUACCCAGGAAGCGACAAUUUGGGCUUCACCGAGCAGGGAGAUUUCAACGAUCGCGUACUGAGUUAUUCGUGCUUCAAAUCGGACUUCAGCCUCGAUCCUGUCGAGGGUGUCAAGGACGUGGACAAGGCGAAGAUGGAGUGA